AUGGGAACCACCGACCAAGAGCACGUUCCUGGUGAGGGGGCUGAAGUGUGUGUCCCACAGCAGCAAACUUGCUGUGGGUUGGACACACAUAAGGAAAAAGGGCCUGUGCCAGUGACAGAUGUCCAAGAAGCUCUGACCCUUGACAGCAUUGAAAAGCCACUUGUCAAACAAAGGGUUACUUUCGCCAUCCAAAAUGGCCUCACUGGACGCUUAGGAAAAACCAUUUGCUCAAAUAUAGGACAAAGCGCUUCUGAAGAACCCAAACAGCUGUUCAUUACUUUUGAUGGCCAGGGCUCGAUUGUUUAUUUUGUAGAUUCUGAGCAGAGCACGGGUUCAGACUCGGAGGUGCUCACCGAGCGGACUUCCUGCUCCUUCAGCACUCACACUGACCUGGCCUCUGGUGCCGCAGGCCCUGUGCCUGCUGCCGUGUCUUCCAUGGAGGAAAUCCAGGUGGAGCUGCAAUGUGCUGACCUCUGGAAGAGGUUCCAUGACAUCGGAACUGAAAUGAUCAUCACCAAAGCAGGCAGGAGGAUGUUUCCUGCCAUGAGAGUGAAGAUCACAGGACUGGAUCCACACCAACAGUACUACAUAGCCAUGGACAUUGUGCCUGUGGACAAUAAGAGAUACAGAUAUGUGUAUCAUAGCUCCAAGUGGAUGGUGGCUGGCAACGCUGAUUCCCCUGUGCCCCCAAGAGUUUAUAUACAUCCUGAUUCUCUAGCUUCUGGAGACACCUGGAUGAGACAGGUAGUCAGUUUCGACAAACUCAAGCUGACCAACAACGAAUUGGAUGAUCAAGGACAUAUCAUUCUGCACUCUAUGCACAAAUACCAGCCUCGAGUUCAUGUGAUUCGCAAGGACUUUAGCAGUGAGCUUUCACCCACCAAGCCCGUCCCUGUUGGGGAUGGGGUGAAAACCUUCAAUUUUCCUGAGACUGUGUUUACCACAGUCACGGCCUAUCAGAAUCAGCAGAUCACCAGAUUAAAAAUUGACCGAAACCCUUUUGCUAAAGGAUUCAGAGAUUCUGGGAGAAACAGAACCGGACUUGAAGCCAUCAUGGAGACUUAUGCAUUCUGGAGACCUCCUGUACGUACACUCACUUUUGAAGAUUUCACCACCAUGCAAAAGCAGCAAGGUAAAGCCCUGGGACAAGGCCUCUGCCUAGUGACAGGGACGGAGAGAGAAGUCACAGUGGAACUACCUGUAGCAUUCGAGGACUCUAUCAAUCAGAAUUCUCAGUGUUGUAAGCCAAAUCAAAACCAAAUGGCAAAACCAAAAAGAAACUCGCUGACUUAUGAAACGGAGAGGAUUCGAGUCGCCAUUUUAGGCAAAGACUGGUCCAGGGAUCCCUAA